AUGCCCGGGCUUGAUCCCCAAGUAGCUAUGCAUCGAUUAAACAUCAAACCAGAUAUCAAGCCUGUUAAACAACAGCAAAGGAGAUUUCGGCCCCAAGUCAUAGAAGCAAUUGAAGCUGAAGUCAAAAAGCUCAUUGAGUCAGGAUUUAUUCGCGAAGAGCAACAUCCUGAUUGGGUGGCCAACAUCGUCCCUGUUCUAAAAAAGAAUGGGAAGAUUCGAACUGUAGAAUAUUAUGUUGAUGACUUGGUUGUUAAAAGUCAUGACAAGGGAAACCAUUUGCACGACUUAAAAAUAAUGUUUGAUCUUAUGCGGGCACACCAGCCAAAGAUGAAUCCAACUAAGUCAUUCUUAGGAAUGGCUAGUGGUAAAUUUCUCGGAUUCGUGAUCACAGCUAACAGAAUUCGUCUAGACCCAGACAAAGUCAAAGCCAUCCAAGAGCUACCACCUCCUAGGAAUCUUAAGGAGCUUCGAGGCUUACAAGGGCGACUGGCGUAUAUUCACAGAUUUAUUUCUAACCUGUUAGGGAAAUACCAACCAUUCUCAAAACUAAUGAAGAAAGGAGUAUCCUUCAUGUGGGAUGAGGCUUGCCAGAAAGCAUUCGAGGAGAUUAAACGAUAUCUCUCCAAUCCAUCGAUAUUGGUUACACCAAAGUCAGGUAAGCCUUUCCUGAUAUACAUCAGGGCUACAAAUCAUGCAUUGGCAGGACUCUUAGCACAAGAUGAUGAAAAUGGCCAUGAGCAAGCUGUUUACUAUCUUAGUAGAACUUUAUCAGGUGCUGAACCUUGUUAUCCUCUUAUUGAGAAAGAAUAUAUCAAGGAAAGAGAAUCUAUUCGUAGACGAGCACCUAGAUUUUAUUAUGAUUCUCAAUCCCAGACUUUGUAUCGAAAGUCAUACGAUGGGAUUUUGCUUCGCUGUUUGUCAAAUAGAGAAGCAAAAAAGCUCUUAAAGAACCUCAUGAUGGCAUCUGUGGAGCUCAUCAGCCUAGUCAUAAAUUGUAGGACCGACUAUGAAGAUUGGGUUAUUACUGGCCUAAUAUGGUUCAAGAUGUUGUCGCCUGUGCCAAAUGAUGCCAUGCCUGCCAAAUACAUGCUAAUUAUGUGCAUCGACCACCCGAACAUCUUCAUCCGUCAACUACUUCGUGGCCUUUUGAAACAAGCAAUCACGUUAAGAGAAGUCAAGACAAGUGAUGUUGUUAAAUUCUUAGAACAUCACAUCGUAUACAGAUAUGGCGUCCCGAGGAUCAAGAAUUUGGCUUCGACAGCUUAUAAUCCUGCUGCUAAUGGGCAAGCAGAAGCAUUCAAUAAGACCAUCGUCAGAAUUCUUACUAAGGUGGUUUCGACGAAUAAAAGAGAUUGGAACGAGAAGUUGGGUCAAAGCUUAUGGGCUUAUUGCACAACGGUUCGCACGCCGACAGGAGCAACACCAUAUUCCUUGGUAUAUGGAUAUAAAGCCGUAUUACCAUUGGAAAUCCAAAUUCCGUCUCUGCGAAUAGCGCUUGUAAUUGGUAUGACGACGGAAGAAAGUCAUCAUCGACGUCUUGAAGAAUUAGAAGCGCUUGAUGAAAAGCGACUAUUGGCUCAGCAACACAUUGAGCUUUAUCAAGCUCAGAUUUUCAGAGCAUUCAAUAAAAAUGUUAGAUACCGCACAUUCAAAGAAGGCGACUUGGUUCUUGCUGUUCGAUGCCCAAUGAUUUUGAACUCUAAGAAGAAAGGGAAGUUUGAGCCAAAAUGGGAAGGACCAUUUGUAGUAGAAACUGUCUACUUAAAUGGAGUUUAUCACCUUAUUACUCAAAAUAGUGACAAACUCAUGAUGCCUAUCAAUGGUAAAUUUCUAAAGAAAUAUUACACAUAG